AUGGCCUCUACCCAGCAGCAGUUUUUUGGAAGGGUCCUUGUAGAGGUGCGUGACGAGAGAGCUCGUUUGGGAGACAGUGAGAGCUCUGGAAGCCAAAAGAGGAUUAGGGUCCAUUCCGACUCCACGGACACAGACACUGAGGGAGUGAUGUCCACCUCUCACAGUGACACUGGGGACAGUGAUAGCGAACGUUCCAUGGACGCUGAUGUUCCACCGGGAGAAGAUACAUCCAAGCGAGCAUUGGUGAAGCCGCCUUACUCCUACAUAGCUUUGAUCACCAUGUCCAUCCUGCAAAGCCCAGACAAGAAGCUGACUCUCAGCGGGAUCUGCAACUUCAUCAGCAGGAACUUUCCCUACUAUAAGGCAAAGUUCCCAGCCUGGCAGAACUCCAUCAGACACAACCUGUCCCUCAAUGACUGUUUUAUCAAGGUCCCCCGGGCACCGGGCAACCCUGGAAAGGGCAACUACUGGACCUUGGACCCCGCUUCAGAAGACAUGUUUGACAACGGGAGCUUCCUGAGAAGGAGGAAAAGAUUUAAAAGGCAUCGCACGGAAUUCCUGAACGACGGGGUCAUGGUUUAUCCCACAGUGCACUACUACCAGCAUUAUGGACCUCCAGUCCCUCAGACCUUCGUUCAGCAGAACCCACUACCAUUCAUGGCUCCACCGAAGAGAUUGAUGGUUCCUUCCCAGCCAUAUGUGCCCCCUUGCCCUGAGAUGUUAAUGAGCAGGGCGCCCGUGUGUUCUCAGGUGAUCCCAACAAUCGGCCUCUUAGGGACCCCAACUAAACCCAAGUGCUCUUUCUCUAUAGACAGCAUUAUUGGCAAAUCAAAGGAGCCAGAAGUGAGUCCUCCACCUCCGCCGCAUUAUGCUCAUCCCUGGGACUACCGCAAUCUUAUGCCAGCCAAUACCAUGGUGCCAACCCUACUGAACACUUAUUCUUCUGGGCCCUUGGUCAACCCUUAUGUCAUGCCACACUACCAAACUUUCCCUAGUCCUCUUUACCCCAGGACAUACAUGGGAGCAUUUUAA